GGGGCGCGGGGCCCGGGACUGGUGGCCGGCCGGCGCCCCCUCCCUAGCAUGCGGACGAAGGCGGCGGGCGGCGCGGAGCGGCGUCCCCUGCAGCUGCGAACAGAGUCGGUGGCGGCGGCACCUGCCGGCCGAGCAAUGCCCAGUGAGUAUAACUGUGUGAAACUGAGAAGUGAUCGCUCGAGACCCUCUCUGCAAUGGUACUCCCGAGCUCAGAACAAGAUGAGAAGACCCAACUUGAUACUUAAAGACAUCCUCAAGUGUACAUUGCUUGUGUUUGGAGUGUGGAUCCUUUAUAUUCUCAAGUUAAAUUAUACUACUGAAGAAUGUGACAUGAAAAAAAUGCAUUAUGUGGACCCGGACCGUGUAAAGAGAGCUCAGAAGUACGCUCAGCAAGUCUUGCGAAAGGAGUGCCGACCCAAGUUCGCGAAGAAGUCCAUGGCCCGGUUGUUUGAGCACAGGUACAGCCCAGAUUUACCACCUUUCGUGAAGGAGGUCCCCAAGGUGAACGAAGCCGAGUACAAGUAUGAUCCACCUUUUGGUUUCCGGAAGUUCUCCAGUCAAGUCCAGACCCUCUUGGAGAUACUGCCUGAGCAUGACCUGCCUGAACACUUGCGAGCCAAGAGCUGUAGGCGUUGUGUGGUUAUUGGAAGUGGCGGAAUCCUCCAUGGACUAGCGCUGGGCCAUGCCCUGAACCAGUUCGAUGUCGUGAUAAGGUUAAACAGUGCACCAGUUGAAGGAUAUUCUGAGCAUGUUGGUAAUAAAACUACUAUCAGGAUGACUUAUCCAGAGGGCGCGCCACUGUCUGACCUUGAAUAUUAUUCCAAUGACUUGUUUGUUGCUGUUUUAUUUAAGAGUGUUGACUUCAACUGGCUUCAAGCAAUGGUAAAAAACGAAACCCUGCCAUUUUGGGUGCGGCUCUUCUUUUGGAAGCAGGUAGCGGAAAAAAUCCCACUACGGCCGAAACACUUCAGGAUUUUGAAUCCAGUUAUUAUCAAAGAGACUGCCUUUGACAUCCUUCAGUACUCGGAGCCCCAGUCAAGGUUCUGGGGCCGAGAUAAGAACGUGCCCACCAUUGGUGUCAUUGCUGUCGUCCUAGCCACGCACCUGUGUGAUGAAGUCAGCUUGGCAGGCUUUGGAUAUGACCUCAAUCAACCCAAAACACCUUUGCACUACUUCGACAAUCUCUGCAUGGCUGCCAUGAACUUUCAAACCAUGCAUAAUGUGACAACGGAGACCAGAUUCCUCGUCAGGCUGGUCAAAGAGGGUGUGGUGGAGGACCUCAGCGGAGGCAUCCAUUGUGAAUUCUGAGCACAAACAAACCUCAUCUGACAAUGCAGCUCCAACUCUGAAGGCUGGUUUUUCAGAGCCUUCUCCAUGACUGCAUCCUGCAGAUCCUUUGAAGUGCAGCCGGUGUUUUUAACUUUUAAUUUAAAAAA